AUGGGGGGAAUUGGCAAAACCACCCUUGCUCAACUUGUUUACAAUGACAAUAGGGUGAAGGAGCAUUUUGACCUUAAAGCAUGGGUUUGUGUUUCAGAUCCAUUUGACGUGUUCAUGGUAAUGAAAACAAUUAUAGAGGAAAUAGGUUUGUCAACUAAUGCUGAUAGUACAAAUCUAAAUCAUCUUCAAAUUAAUCUGAAGAAAAUGUUGACAGGAAAGAGGUUCUUAUUUGUUUUAGACGAUGUUUGGGAUAAGAAUAAUGCCAAAUGGGAGGUCUUAAGUAAUGCUUUAAAAUCUGGGAUACAAGGAAGUAGGGUUAUCGUGACAACACGUGAUCAGGAUGUUGCAAGAGUCGUGCAUGCUAGUGCAACUCAUCAUAUAAUAGAGUUACCCAAAGAAGAUUGUUGGUCACUAUUUGCGAAAUUUGCAUUCCAUGAUGGUCACCCUGAUGCAUAUCCAAAACUAGAAGCAAUAGGAAGACAAAUCGUAGAAAAGUGCAAAGGCCUACCUCUAGCAAUCAAGGCAAUUGGAUCUCUCUUGUGGUCUAAAUUAGAUGUUGAUGAAUGGGAUAACGUAUUUAGAAGUGAAUUAUGGGAUUUAUCAGUUGAGGAGACAAGCAUCCUUCCUGCUCUAAAGUUAAGUUAUAAAUAUCUUUCGUCACUUUUAAAGCGAUGCUUUGCAUACUGUUCCAUAUUCCCAAAGGAUUAUACUUUUAAAAAAGAUAAAUUAGUUUUAUUAUGGAUGGCAGAAGGUUUAUUGCCACAACCCAAAAACAAAACAAUGGAAGAAGUUGGUGAUGAUUACUUCCUUGCUCUUGUAUCAAGAUCAUUAUUCCAGCGAUCAAGUCGCAACAAAUAUAUAAUGCAUGAUCUUGUCAGCGAUUUGGCAAAAUUUAUAUCUAAACAAUUUGCUUUAAGCCUUGAAGAUGAUUAUUCUCAUGACGUUCGAAGCAGGACUCGUCAUUUCUCAUAUUAUUGUGAAAAAGUUCAUCUUAUGAAUUUUAAGACCUUUCAUGAGGCUAAGAGGUUGCGCACUAUCCUAGAAUUAAAUUUCUUCAGGAACGGUUUGUUCAUCAGGCGUGGAGUCCAAUUUUUAUUACCAAUGAGAAGAUGCCUACGGGUGCUCAUUCUAUGUUACCAUGCAGACAUAGCUAAGUUGCCAGAUUCAAUUGGUAAACUUAUACAUUUACGUUAUUUAGACCUUUCUUACACUGGGAUUGAAAGGUUGCCUGAUUCCUUAUGUAAGUUGUGCAAUUUGCAAAUAUUGAAUUUAUCACAUUGUCGGUUUCUUGCUGCCUUGCCAAGAGAUACGCAUAAACUCAUUAAUUUGCGUCAUCUUAAUUUUGCUGAAACUUGCAUCAAGGAGAUGCCGACAAAUCUGGGAAAGCUAAAAUGUCUUCAAACAUUAACUAAAUUUAUUGUUGGUAAAAUUGAUAGUGGAUCUAGCAUUGGAGAGCUACAAACACUUACAAAUCUUCGGGGAUCGCUCUCUAUUUUUGGGCUCCAAAAUGUUGAAUGUUCCGCGGAUGCUAAGGACAAAAACAUGAGGGAUAUGAAGUACCUUGUGGAGUUGGUAUUGGAGUGGAAACUUGGAACAAAUGCUUCUGAAAGUCAUAUAAUUGUACUUGAUAGUCUCCAACCCCAUUCAAACUUGAAAAGUCUCACUAUCAACCAGUACGGUGGUAAAAGUUUUCCAAAUUGGGUAGGGCAUGCUUCAUUCUCUAAUAUAGCAUCUCUUCGUCUAGAAUACUGUAAAUUUUGUUGUAGCUUGCCACCACUUGGGCAAUUACCCUCUUUGCAAGACCUCUCUAUUGUUGGGUUGGAUGGAGUUGUUACAAUAGGUCGGGAGUUUUAUGGCAGUGGAUCUUCUUCAAUUAAGCCAUUUGUAGCCUUGAAAUUUGUAAGGUUCGAGAAGAUGUUGAAGUGGGAGGAAUGGUUUUCGUUUGAUGCUGAAAAUGAAGGUGCUAAACUUGAAAAGCUUGAAAUUUAUAUAAAUGCCCUAAGCUAA